GUCCCACCAAGGAUUUAUGAGUCAGAACCUGAAUUUCAGCAGGAUCCCUAGAUUAUUCAGUAUGCAUAUUAAAAUGUGAGAAGCACUGCUCUAGUUUUUUUUCAGGAUAAGAUAGUGAGGUGGGCAGGCUCUGAGGUACUCAUUCCAUUUGAACUGCUUUUUCCAAAGGGCUUUCCUCUUUUGGGGCUGCACACAUGUGUGUAGGCAGGGUUGCAUGUACGUGCGCAUGUGGGUGUGCAUUUGUGUACAGGCAUGUCAGUGUGGGUGUCUCUCUGUUUAUGGUGCCUCCUCUCUGACCAACACUUCCCUCAUGAACUCUUACAUUCAAAAGUGCCUCCUCCGUUAACACUUCCUCCUUCUUAGCCCUGUUUGUGAUAUCUGUACACAACCAUACAUUCCUUCACCCAUACAGCUCAUUCAGGGCUGACUUUGGGAAACCUGUGAGAGAACAAGUUGCAGGAAAUAAGGGAGUAAGGAGAAGAUGUGUUUGCCAGUUUAGAAUCAAACAACAGGUAAAGGGGUAGAAAUGAACUAGCCUUCCCUCAGAAGAACCCAGUAGAUUUUAAUUGUGUUGUUUGGGGCCCUGAAGUCUUAUGAAAUUGUCUCAGUGCCUGUCAAUAGGAGCAAGCAAGUGGGGUUCCAUGCUCCCACACUCCACUUCAGCCACAUCAUCUAUGCUCUUAUACACUUUAUUUAUUGGGAUUUCUUUUAAUUUUUAUUUUCGAAAAGUGUUUUGCUAUCAGAACUUUUUUUUUUGAAAACCACUGCCCUGUUCCAUUCAUUUAGCCUUCUACCACUUAAAUUCUUCAGUUCAGCACAGGCUAGGUUAAUUGUAACUGGACUUCUUAGCCUCACAUUUCAAAGGCAAGAGCUAAUAAUAAGUUUAGUGUAGUGAUGGGUGGAUUUGAAACUUUCUCCCUUGAAAAGCCUUUUCUUUUUCCUUCCUUCCCUGUAUCUGUCCUUUCUCCUCACCCAUCUUAUUAGACACUUUGCUCUUUUUUUUUUUUUAAAGACCAAAGCUGGUAAAACCUAGAGCUGCAUAAUCAUUGAUUAGAUGAGUAAUGAGCAAAAUAAUUUAUAGAUGAGAAAUAUGUUAAAUUCAUAAUGUCAUCAAAUUAUACUUUUUGGUAAAAUUAAUAAGGCUAUUCCAUUAUCUAUAAGAAUGCGGUUAUCACAUUUGGUCAGUAUUCCUUACUUUCCAAUUUUCGUAACUUAAUGCCUCUGAUCACGUAGCAUUUUUCUGUACUUAUUAUUCCUUGGUAAUUGACAUUUUAAUUGUAAUCUUGCCAUCUUCCACUUGUGUAGGACUUGCAUUAUAUAUUCAUAUUUUGGGCGCAGGAAAAUUUAUCUAGUUUUAUUUUUUCACCUGCCUGUUUGUUUAAAAUUUUUUUUAAGACUUAUUUAUUUGACAGAGAGAGCGCGUGAGCACAAAUAGGGGGAGCAGCAGGCAGAGGAAGUGGGAGAAGCAGGCUUCCCGCUAAGCAGGAAGCCUGAUGCGGGGUUCUAUCUCAGGACUCUGGGACCGUGACCUGAGCUGAAGGCAGACACUUAACCGACUAAGCCACCCAGGUGCCCCGUUUUUAAUUUUUAUGUGUAUUCAGUGUAAUGGAAAGCAAAAAAAAAAAAAAAAAGAAAGAAAAUAGUCAAUAUUUCAGAGUUCCCUGCAGUUAUAUACUAUAGUGGUGAAGACUUUGGACUGUCGAGCUUGAUUGGGUUUAAAUAUUGGUCUCACCCACCACUUACUGGCUGUGUGACCUUGUGAAAGUUAAUCAACUUUUUGAGCCUCAGCUUUUAUGUUUAUAGAAUAGAAUUGAUAAUAGCCCUACUCAUAGAGUUGUGAGGAUUAAAUGUGAUCAUUCUUGUAAAGUACUUGACAACAGUGCCUGGCAUAUAGUAAGUCCUCAAUAAGUGUUAGCUAAAACAAUCAAAUACAUGAGUGGUGAUAUAAUUUAGGGGUAUAACAGUCCCUUUUGUCAAGGAUGGGGUUCAAGUAUGCUCUAACAAAACCAGAGCAUAAGAACAAGUGUUUUCUACUAAAAGAUAUCAUUUCCAGAAGUUGCUUCAGGGAUAAUCUCACCUACCCACCCCCUCUCCCUACCUCCCUCUUCUCUUUCCUACCCUAUUUGUGCCUGCAGAGAGAGAUGUGUGUGUGUGUGUGUGUGUGUGUGUUUCCUAGUAACCUGAUGUGGCUUGUCACAUAAACAUUUGGGGCUUACCAGUAAAAGUUUUAACAUCUAAAAAGCACUUUAGUAGUACAAUAAUGGUAAGCUGUUGGGGGGCAGCUUGUUGGGGCAAGCUUGGGGCAAGCUGUAUAUAGACUUAAGAAUUGAAUAGUUAAAAACAGCAUUUUUUGCUCUUUGCCAUAGUUAAAGAGCAAGUCUGUUUCCAGGGUUGGAUUGUCAGAAAGCAUUGUCAUGAUCUUUUUUAGGCCACUUUUGUCAUCUGGUAUAUUAUGCUGUUUCUUCUACCUCGCAUUAUCCAGUCCUGCACAGUUUCUUUCUUGAUUUUUGUGAGUGUUCAGGUAUCAUCUCUCAAGGAACAUUUCUUUAUCUCUAGGCCAGAAUGAAUGCCCUUUCAAUUAACUCUUGAAGCAUUCUAUGCAAAAAUGUGAUGAGUGUAAUUACAUAGUGUAUUGACAUCAUUUUGUUUCUGUUGCCUUCUCCUUCCCAGGACUGUAAUCUCUUGGAGAGCAGUACCGUUUGUCCUGGAAUCACAUUUCAGCUUAAAUCUCCACCUUGCCAUUUAUAGCCAUAUAACCUUAUGGCUUUAUGGUGAUGAUUCAGUGUGAUAAAUGAUAUCCACAUUCUUUGAAGUUAUUGUGAAUGCCUCGAGGACCAAGGAACCGUUGAAAUUUCCAAUUUCAGGAAGGAAACCUCGACCUGUGUCCCAGUUGGUUGCCCAGCAGGUUACUCAGCAGUUUGUGCCCCCUACACAGUCAAAGAAAGAGAAAAAAGAUAAAGUAGAAAAAGAAAAAAGUGAAAAGGAAACAACUAGCAAAAAGAACAGUCAUAAGAAAACCAGGCCAAGAUUGAAAAAUGUGGAUCGGAGUAGUGCUCAGCAUUUGGAAGUUACCGUUGGAGAUCUGACAGUCAUUAUUACAGACUUUAAGGAGAAAACAAAGUCACCGCCUGCAUCUAGUGCUGCUUCUGCAGAUCAACACAGUCAGAGUGGCUCUAGCUCUGAUAACACAGAGAGGGGAAUGUCCAGAUCAUCUUCACCCAGAGGAGAAGCCUCAUCAUUGAAUGGAGAAUCUCAUUAAAAUUUAUUUUCUCCAAUUUCUUAGUCACUUCUGUCAUAACAUGCAAAUACACAGAUUAUGCCAAGAAGUACCACAUUUUCAUGACAGACAUUCAUGCACAAUCCAUAAUUUGCGUUUUACACAAAAUAGAAAUUUGUUAGAAUUUGUUAGACUUUAUUGCAAUCUAUGCCUACCAAACAUUUUCAGACUUGACAUUUUGGUCUCCACAGUUCAAGGUGCCAUGAAAAUGUGGUUGAAUUAUUCAUUAUGCAGUGUUAUUGGUAAGUCUAUUUUCACUUUUAGUUUAGUGAAUUCUAACACAUAAUUCUUGAAUUCUCUACUAUUGGCAUGUAACGAAUUUAAAUUUUUAUAACAUAGUGCAAGCUGCCUAAAUGUAUUAUUUGAGAAUUGUGAAACAAAUAGUUAUAUGUAUACAAGUCAAAGAUCAAUUUAAUCAACUAUUGCUGCAACAGGAUUUUCUUAAUGGUUAUCCUCCUAAAUACACCUGCUGGUACUUGGUGUGGUUAAAUAGGAAAAAUUGUUAUUAAAUAAAGAAUUUGUAUGAACCGUUGCCAAUGUUUUUGACACAUUUUACUAAAUUAUUGUUCCUGAAUUAUGUUUCUGGUUUUAUCUUUGUUUUUGUUUUUGUUUAUCUUUUAAAACAUUCAUUAUUGUAAUGUUUACUAGCAGAGUAGUAAACAAUAAAACAUUGAUUAUUUAGCUUUAUAAUUCAGGUUUAGUGCUCUUGUCAUUGAACACUGGUAUUUUCUGUAUAAUAUAAAACUUUGAAGUUCAAAUAAUUAUAAGCAUUUGGCAAAAACAGAAAAGAAACCUGACAUAUUUUAAAGGCUGCAAUUUUGGAAAAGCUUUAACUUAAUAAUAGUUUAUCACUGUUGUCUUGCCCCAAACUUGUGCAGGGUCAUAGAAAUAUGAAUCUAAUUAAUACAGAAAUGGGAACUGUUGCACAGAACUGGGAAAUAACUAAUCUUAAAUCAGUUUAAUUGGCUUCUUAUUAAAUAUAAUGAUUCUUAUGAAAAUCAUAGUGCCCUAUUUUCAGACACAACUGCCAGUUUAUGCAUUUAUCAAUAUCCUGAAAUAAAAAAAAGUAUUUACAGCCCCACUUAUUAUGUAAAAUUACCAAUAAAAUAUUUUUAUGACUACAGAUUUUGCAUUUUUGUUCACAACUAAUAAUGUGUUUCAUAUUGUAUUUAAAAAUCCAACCUAGAAACCACACAUAAGUACUUCUUAAAUUUUUCUAGGGUCUCCUGCUGCUUUUAGUCAUUUGCUUAAUAUAUAUCCACCUCUAGGAGACUUCUGAAAUAUAAAUUAAAAACAUAACUUGGAUGCAAAAUAUCACUUAAAAACACUAUGAUAGCAUUUGAAAAACAGAAAAAAACAAAACAAAACUGUACACCCUGACAGUUGUGAUAUUUGGUGGUUUCUCGUGGUAAUGUAAUUUUCUGUUUAAUUGCAGUACUUUUUCCAGGCACAAUGGGACUGUCUUUUUUGUAAGAUGCUAGUUGUGAAAUACAGUUAAUUGCAUACAGUAAAAGUCUGUGAUUAAAACAUUUAUAUACCUCA